AUGAAGAAAGUGUUAUUCCUUGGAGCUCCAGGCGUUGGUAAAGGCACUUUUGCCAAGAGAAUCGCCCCGAGGUUGAAUCUGCGUCACCUCAGUGCUGGAGAGCUACUACGUGCUCAUGUAAAAGCAGGCAGCCCUCUCGGGUGCUUGGCCAAGCCUUUCCUCGAUAAAGGCCUGAUGGUCCCUUCUGAGCACAGUGUUGAGUUGAUGAAACAUGAAGUAGCUCCGCUAAACCUUCGAAACGCCGCCAGAGUUGACGGCUACAUUCUUGAUGGUUUUCCUCGAGUUCUAGAGCAAGCCCAGAUGUGGUCUGAUCUAACUCUUGGUGACGGUAACCCUGAGCUUGUAAUUAAUAUCAGCCUCGCAAGAUCGGUAUUGAUACACAAGUUGGCCUCACGACGCAUCUGUGGGAGCUGCGGUGAUAACUACAACCUCGCUGAUAUACGAUAUGGUCACUAUGAUAUGCCUCCAAUGCUACCUAAGGCUGAGGGGAUUUGCGAUUCGUGUGGUUCUGGCCUUAUUCGACGUGAUGAUGACACGGAUGAGAUCAUUCAACACCGGUUGGAUCUUCACUUCGAUAAGGAAGAGCCCCUGCUAGACUUCUACCGGUGA